CUUGCCCAUCGAUCGAUGUCUCCCCCAAGUUCGGCAACUCCUCCCUGGCUCUCCACCAAUACCAAGGGCAACCGAGACUUUACCAUCUCACGAUGCGUCUGUGUUUCAAUGGACCAAAAGCACAAUAUGGUCGGUCUCGCCUGACGCCCCAAUGCGGUGUUCUGCGCUCCUUCUUCGCGCGUAGUGACUGCACCAUCCGGCAUUCCUCCAACGCAGUCCGGGAACCGCCAAGGUCAUCCUAUCGAACCCGAUCACCACUUCCCUCUGCCCUGAGACUUGACCUGGGACACAUACAAGACGGCAGGUACCGUACUUGGUCCUACCUUAUUGACUAGGGAUAACCGACAGAUAUGGCACAUAUAAGAAUGUCCUGUGCCCCGGGAACCGUACUCAAGGAAUCUUCUGCCAGUCAAUCUCCCCAUUCCGCCCCAAAGACGACAUCAACCGACUAUCAAGAAGAAAGUACGAGUCGCCUCUAACAGCUCAAGCACGACUACUUCCAGCAUCCAAGCCACUCCAAAUCCAGCCGCCAACAUGCCCGGUGUCACAGCCCCGUCCGGUACUAGCAAGUAUGACCAGAUCCCCGGUCCCCUCGGUAUCCAGUCUGCCCAUCUUGGUGGCAAGGUGGCGCUUGUAACCGGUGCCGGCCGCGGUAUCGGGAGGGAAAUGGCGCUCGAGCUUGGACGUCGUGGAGCCAAGGUGGUAGUCAACUACGCCAACAGCGACAUCUCGGCCAACGAGGUCGUGCAGGCCAUCAAGAAGAUCGGCUCCGACGCGGUCGCCAUCAAGGCCAACGUCAGCGAUGUCAGUCAGAUUGAGAGGCUCUUCCGCGAGGCCAAGCAGAGGUUCGGCAAGCUCGACAUUGUGUGCUCCAAUUCGGGUGUCGUCUCGUUCGGUCACAUCAAGGACGUCACCCCGGAGGAGUACGACCGCGUCUUCAACAUCAACACCCGUGGCCAGUUCUUUGUUGCGCGCGAGGCCUACAAAAACCUUGAGGUUGGCGGCCGCUUGAUCCUCAUGGGAUCCAUCACGGGCCAGGCCAAGGCCGUUCCCAAGCACACAGUUUACUCUGCUAGCAAGGGAGCCAUUGAGACUUUUGUCCGCUGCAUGGCUAUCGACUUUGGAGACAAGAAGAUUACCGUCAACGCCGUCGCUCCGGGCGGUAUCAAGACGGACAUGUACCACGCCGUGUGCAGGGAGUACAUCCCCGGCGGCGACAAGCUCGACAACCAGGGUGUGGACGAGUAUGCCGCUGGGUGGUCGCCUCUUCACCGCGUGGGUCUCCCCAUCGACAUUGCUCGUGUUGCCUGCUUCCUAGCUUCCCAGGAUGGCGAGUGGAUCAAUGGUAAGGUUAUCGGCGUUGAUGGCGGCGCCUGCAUGUAAGGGAGUGAGUCAGACACUGUAGUACAACCACGUCUGGAUGUAUCAGUAACUAGGAGAUAUGAGGAUAGAUGGGAGGUGGAAGCACGGUAGAUGAUCAAGGGUGCCAAGAGAGUGUAGCAUACAUGGUUAGCAAAUUCAUACUCGAAUCAACAUAUAAAUAGACUGAGCUUCGUGCUGCUGUUACCAAGGCGCUGCUCAUCAUGUCUUG